GGGCAAUAAAUUUUAUAAAUUCAUAAAUGAUCUCAUGUAAAAAGAUCGGGAUCGGAAAACAGAAAACGGUCUUUUGGUUAUUUGGCGCACACGCACGUGUGGAUGUGGCUAUGUCGGAGACCGGUGAGAACUUGAGUAAAAGGGAAAGAAAUUAACAGAGCCUAGAAAGAUAUUUUUAAAAAAUCAAAGGAAAAAAAAUUGAAAUGAAUGGUCUUCAAAAGAUAUCAUUUUGUGUCCUUCGGACCCUGAGGGCCUCAGCAAGGGGUUGCAUUGUCCACUCCAAGAAUAGGAGAUUCCUCUUCCCAAGUGCUUCUACACAAUAUUUUCACUCUUCUGUAGGCUUGCAACUUUGCAGUGAGCAGAAAAGGAGGCUCAAGGCUGAGAAGAAGGCCAAAGAAAAAGCAGAAAAACUUGCAAGUCAGCCCCCACCUCCAAGUAAGGCUAAAUCUGACACUGCCAAAGCUAAGCCUGAGGAUGAGGAAGAGAUUGGAGAUUUGGAAUAUUUUGCACUGAGGUCUAAAUCUGUAGCUGAACUCAAGACUAAGGGGGACAAUCCAUAUCCACACAAAUUCAAUGUGAGCGUUUCACUGGAGGAGUUCAUUGACAGAUACAAUGGUUGUACUCCAGGGGAGAUUCUGGACGAGGAAGUCAGUGUUGCAGGGAGGAUACACGCAAAGAGAGAAUCCGGUCCAAAGCUUCUAUUUUACGACCUCCGAGGAGAAGGUGUCAAAAUUCAGAUAAUGGCAAAUGCCAAACACUAUCCAUCAGAGGAGGAGUUUCUAGAGACCAAUGACAAAAUAAAAAGGGGAGAUAUUGUGGGGGUGAGGGGAAAGCCAGGUAAAACAAAAAAGGGAGAACUAAGUAUCAUACCAUCAGAAAUUGUCCUGCUUUCUCCGUGUCUGCACCAGCUUCCUCACCUGUACUACGGGGUCAAGGACAAGGAAACCAGAUUCCGUCAGAGGUAUUUGGACCUUAUCAUUAAUGAACCUGUGAGACAAAAAUUCAUUGUCAGAGCUAAGAUAAUCAACUAUGUCAGAAAAUUCUUGGAUGAAAUGGGAUUUUUAGAGGUAGAGACACCUUUGAUGAACAUGAUCCCUGGGGGUGCCACAGCCAAGCCCUUCAUCACCCACCACAAUGAACUAAACAUGGACCUAUACAUGAGGGUGGCCCCUGAACUCUACCUUAAGAUGUUGGUUGUUGGUGGGAUAGACCGAGUCUAUGAGAUCGGUCGGCUGUUCAGGAACGAGGGCAUUGACAUGACCCACAACCCUGAGUUCACCACUUGUGAGUUCUAUAUGGCUUAUGCAGAUUACAAUGACCUCAUGAGGAUCACAGAAACACUCCUGUCAGGUAUGGUCAAACACAUCCAUGGAGGAUACAAGGUGAAGUACCACCCCGAGGGACCAGAGGGACCUGAGUGGGAGGUGGACUACACCCCGCCCUUCAAACGCGUCGGCAUGCUCAAGGGUCUAGAGGAGAGGCUGGCAGUCAAAUUUCCAGAUUCCAAGGAGUUUGAAUCUGAAAAUACUCGUAAAUUUUUGGACGGCCUUUGUGUCAAGCAUGAGGUAGAGUGCCCUGCCCCUAGAACAGCUGCCAGGCUUCUGGAUAAGCUUGUUGGUGAGUUUAUUGAAUCUGAAUGUGUUAACCCCACAUUUAUCAUUGAUCACCCUCAAGUGAUGAGUCCACUGGCCAAAUGGCAUCGGUCUGAGCCUGGGCUGACAGAAAGAUUUGAAUUGUUUGUGUGCAAGAAAGAGAUUUGUAAUGCCUACACAGAGUUAAACGAUCCAGUGGUGCAGAGGGAAAGAUUUGAACAACAAGCAAAGGACAAAGCAGCGGGCGACGACGAGGCCAUGUUUGUGGAUGAGAACUUCUGUACAUCCCUAGAGUACGGACUGCCCCCGACCGCCGGCUGGGGGAUGGGGAUAGACAGACUGACCAUGUUCCUGACAGACUCCAACAAUAUCAAGGAAGUGCUGCUGUUUCCAGCAAUGAAGCCUGACAUCACCAAAAAGUUAGGCGAGGAGACGGACAAACAGCCCCCCACGAACCCUGGAAGCUGAGUUCCCAGAUCUCCAUACAACCCCCUAAUUUUAUCUAUUUAUUGCUGCACACUGCACACCUUUGAUGUGCUUGAUGUUACAUUAAAACCUUGAAAGGAAACCUUGUGCGACUUCUGUUUACUGUUGUGUCUGGGUCCCAGAAAAUGUUGUGUUGUUACCCUCUUAUAGAGGAAAAAUGACAGUUUGUGUCAUCGCAUAUUUGGUUGAAACAUUUUAAACAGGAUUUUUUUCUUCUUAAAAAUGAAUAAUGUAUUGUUUUAUUAUCUACUCUGUAUAUAGCUGUCACCUUUUAUCUACAGAUUCUUUCAAUAAAAAUAGAUCGUUUAUUCCACAA